UAUGACAAGCUCUGGUUACUUGAAAGGAUCGAUGAUUCUAUCGAAUCAAACCAUUGUUCCAUUAAAACUACAUAAUGAUUACGAGAAGAAAGUCAAGAAAUUUGAAAACGAGAUUAAAUUGAGCGUCGCUAGUUUAAAGGAGCAACAAACUCAGGCAAACGAAUCGAUGAUGGCCUACUCCAAAAAAUUAAAGGAAUUAAGAAAAAAGAAAGGAAUCGAUUUAAACGAGCCUCCAACAAUUCAGUUACCGUUACACAUAAACGCACGAAAAGUAUAUUCCCCCAAGCAGAGAAAAUUACCUUCUAUUAAGGCGGAGGACAGGGAAAAAAAGUUAUUAGAAUAUUCAGCAAAAUAUAUACUUCAGAAUGAACAGGAUGCUGCUCUGGCUUUAAAAGCCGAAAAAGACGCUCGAAAUAAGAUGUUAAAGCCUUUAAAAAAGACAGUUACCUUCGAUAAUCGUGUUGAAAAGUAUGUUAUUGUCGAUAAAGAGAAGGAAAAACCGAGAAAAGAAGAGGAAGAAUUAAACAACGAUGGAAAGAAUUUAUUAAGGAAAGGGACUUUAAGAGGAUCGUACUUAUCUCAGACUAAUAAGCCAGAAAUAAUCAGUCGGGAGACUGUUAAAUCAAAAGAGGAUAGGGAGUUGAUAAACGAAGAGAGAAAAUUAAGGCGCGAAAGGCAGAAGCAGCCCAAGCUUUUAGAUGAUCCCCCCUUAGACGUAGAUAUGUGGUUAAGAUCGAAAUCGUACUCUGCUGAAAAAUCGUACAUUGGACCUGAUAAAAAGGAAUAUAAAGUGAAAUUUGCUAGUGCUGCAGACCUUCACGAAAUGAUUCGUUAUAGAAAAAUGUUAAGGAGGGAGAGGCAUUUAAUUAUGUCUGACAAAUCAGAAAAAGAGAAAGAAAAAGAAAAGGAAGAGAGAAGCGGAAGUGAUUCCAGCGGAUUCAGUGAACCUUCGUCUUCGAAUAACGAUCGUGACGAACGUCAGGUAGAAACAAAACGUUUACUUCAAGAGGCAUUACAAACACUAAAAAGCUUCCAGAAACAAACCCGAAAAAAAUUACUCCUACCGCCUGGUAAUUUGGACAGCAUAGCGGAAGAUCUACCCGAACCGCCUGUUGAUAAAUUAGCAAAGGAUAAUUACAAUUUAAUAAAUAGUAACCUCCUCAGACGAAAGAAAAGGAUAAAAAACUCCCUCAAUUCAAUUUCAGAGGACGAUCAAACUCACUUAAAAAAGCCAGAAGUAUUACAACCUAAGAAAAAGGAUAUGUAUAUAUCAGUCAAUUCAAAAGAUAAGAUUCUUAUUCCGUCACCGCCAGACGCACCCUAUAAAAAACUAACCAGACCAAAUAGACUCAAAUUUUUAAAAGCCUCUGAUUAG